AUUGACACUUCUCCUCAGGAAAUCAAGGCGUAUUUUGGCCUGCACAUCCUUAUGGGCACCAACCAGCUUCCAAGUGUAGAUAUGUACUGGUCACAAAAUAAGUUCUUAGGUACAGUAUAAAUCAUUAGAACUAAUGUAGCAAAAUUCAUGAUGAAUUCGAGUAGGCUAAUUACUAGUGUCAGUAAACACGCAUGCAUAGUAUGCAUAUGUUCUAAACUGCAGAGUAGCAGGUGCGUGUUGAACAAAUUACUUCUCAUGUGAUUUUUUUUUGUAACACAAUAACACAAGAUGCUAUUAUAAGAAAAGAAUAUGGAUUUUAUCAAUAUUAACAGUAUGAAUACAUGUUUUGGUGUUAUAAUUAAUUUUAUUAGGCCUAUUUAUAUUAUGUAAGAAACACCCUCCUCCAAAUAAAAAGAAAAACCAGCUACAUGUAGGUUAUAUCUAAAAUGUAUCAACUAAGUCGGUUAUUCUAAUUGAAUCAUUUUAUUUUCUAUGCUAUUCAUUAUUGCAUGGUUAUAGUUAUUAUAAUACUCUUUUGUUUGAGAUCAUUUAUUAUGAUCUAAAUCUGUAUAUAUCUAUGUUAUAGGAAACCAAGGAUUCAAAGACACUAUGAGUAGGAGCCGUUUCCGGAGAUUGACAGAGUAUCUACACUUGAAUGACAAUACAACUCAAGGCCCUGUGGGAUCUCCUGAGUAUGACUGGCUUCACAAGAUACGCCCAUUGAUAGAGAUGACUCGGAGAAAUUUCCAGAGGUAUAUGAUGCCUGGACAGUGUCAGAGCAUAGAUGAGGGGAUGAUACGCUACAAAGGUCAUUACUUCGCAAAGCAGUAUACACCAUGCAAACCUAUCAAAAGAGGGAUGAAGGUCUGGAUGAGGUGUGAACCAAACGGAUAUACCAACGAUUAUAAAAUCUAUUUGGGCAAGCAUGAUGAGAUGCAAGGACAGUCUCUUGGAGAACGGGUGGUUAAACAUUUAUCCAAACCACUUAAAUGGAAAGGUCACCACCUUUUCUUUGACAGGUACUUUACAUCAAUCCCAUUGCUUCAAAAUCUUGAAGUUAAUGGUAUUUAUGCUUGUGGUACCAUCAAUACCAAUCGCAAAGGAUUCCCUCAUGAGCUGAAGAACCCAACUUUUAGUGGUCGUGGUGAUACCGAGCAACUGCAACAUGACAAUUUGGUUGCAACAGCAUGGAAAGAUGCCAAAUCAGUUCAUAUUGUUUCAACCACAUCAGAUCCACUUGGAGAUGGUCCAACACAUCGUCGAGUACCUGGGGGUGAGGUCAUAUUAAUACAGCGGCCACCAGCUGUUGCUGCCUACCAGGAGAACUACUAUGGUGUUGAUCGUGCCAUGCAGUAUCGCUCCAAGUGUCCCAUUGGUCGACAGUCAAGAAAGUACUGGAAAUACUUUAUGAAUUUCAUCCUGGAAGUGGCCCUGGUCAAUACAUUUCUCCUUUGGAAGAUGACCCCUGGUGUGGUGAAACCAAGGAAACAUUAUUCGUUAGGUGAUCUUCAUGUUGAUGUUGCCAUGAGUCUUAUUGAAGAUUUUUCUAACAGGAAGCAGCCUAGGCAUUUAGGAAAACAUCUGAUCACAGCAGCAGGUUUGAGUGAGCAUCACAGCAUGAAGUUAGAACGACCUCGUGGACGGUGUAAAUGGUGUGCAAAAGAGGGCAAGAGGAAGGAUGUUGUUUAUGGAUGUGACAAGUGUAUGAUACAUCUUUGUCAGGGUGCUUGUUUCCAAGCAUAUCAUGUGCAAAAUCAGCUUCCAGUUUUGUAAUGAAUGCAUAUGAUGAUCAAAGUUUG